CCCCUUAUGACAGGCGCAGUAUUCUGGCCAUCAUUGGUUCAGUUUGUACAGUACAAGGAAAGAACCUAAAUGGAGCAUAUUUGAGUCAUGGCGAAGGUUUUUCAAAUUACUUGAAACCACAUGAGGUGGCACCAUGGCACAUUUGAAAUUUUGAACCGACCGGAGCACCGAGGGCAUGAAACUGGCAUCUUAAAAACAGCCAAUCCUACAGUGAUCUCCAAGUGGCCAGGUCCACCCACAGUAGAGGGAGAGACGGCUACAGGUAAAGAGACGCCGAAAGAUGAGCGGAUUGAAAGAGGGAAGAACGGACCCGGGUACCGUUCACCGUGAGAGGGUCACUCUGGUUGUGGACGGUAGCCAUUUUGCGGUGGACCCCGCCACCUUCACUGCACACCCCAACACCAUGCUAGGAAGAAUGUUUGGCCCAGCGCGACAGCACAACUUCACCAGGCCCAAUGGGAAGGGCGAGUAUGAACUGACAGAGGGCAUCAGUGCCAGCAUCUUUCAGGUCAUACUGAACUUUUAUCAGACGGGUGUUAUGAGGUGUCCCGAUGGCGUAUCAGUGUCGGAGCUGAGAGAGGCUUGUGAUUACCUCUGUAUCAACUUCAGUGCCAGCACAGUCAAGUGUCGCGACCUCAGUGCCCUGCUUCAUGAGCUGUCCAACGAUGGGGCACGGAGGCAGUUUGAGGGAUUCCUGGAGGAGCUAGUGGUGCCUGCCAUGGUGUCAUGUGCCCAGGGAGGGGAGAGGGAGUGCCACAUCGUGGUUUUGGCCGACGAUGACAUUGUGGACUGGGAUGAGGAACACCCUCCACCCAUGGGAGAGGAGUAUUCCCAAAUUUUGUACAGCUCCAAACUCUACCGCUUCUUCAAGUACAUCGAGAACAGAGACGUUGCUAAAACCCUGCUGAAGGAGAGAGGUUUAAAGAACAUCCGGAUAGGCAUUGAGGGGUACCCAACCUAUAAGGAGAAAGUGAAGCGGCGUCCGGGAGGAAGGUCAGAGGUCAUCUACAACUACGUGCAGCGGCCCUUCAUUCAGCUGUCCUGGGAGAAGGAGGAAGGGAAGAGCCGUCACGUUGACUUCCAGUGCGUCCGCAGCAAGAGCGUGCCCAACCUUGCGGUGCCAGGGGAGGGGGGCGGAGGUGGGGCGGCCGGGGGCACCAUGCCCUCCCCGCAGGUGGAUGAGCUGGACAGGCUCAACGGGCCAGCGCCCUCUCAACUCCACCAGACUGCAACCAAUGAAAGCUGAGACUCUCGGACCACACUCCCACCUCAAAUCUGCUGCUACCCAUCUCAUCCCGAGGCUCUUGGACUAUUCCCUUCAAACCAGUGGAA